AUGCCAAGUUACCCACCUUCGGCUCCAUCUCAAGGGGGAGGAUACCCCCCUGCCUCAUCUGGAAGUGGGUAUCCUUCAGGACCUCCAAGUGGAGGUUAUCCACCUUCAAGUGGAGGAGGUUAUCCACCGUCAAGUGGAGGAGGUUAUCCACCGUCAAGUGGAGGAGGUUAUCCACCGUCAAGUGGAGGAGGUUAUCCACCGUCAAGUGGAGGAGGUUAUCCACCGUCAAGUGGAGGAGGUUAUCCACCUUCAAGUGGGGGAGGUUAUCCUCCUGCCUCAAAUACUGGAGGAUAUCCACCAUCAAGUGGAGGAGGUUACCCUCCAGCCUCAAAUACUGGAGGUUAUCCACCUUCAAGUGGAGGAGAAUAUCCUCCAGCUUCUUCUGGAGGUCACAGUUAUCCUCCUGGGAGUUAUCCUUCCUCUGGAGGAGGUUAUCCACCUUCCUCUGGAGGAGGUUACCCACAUUCCUCUGCUCCUGGUGCUCCUCCACAUCAUGGACCAUAUGGAGGGUCGCCCUAUGCCCACCAAGGUGGAAUGAAUACAAGACUGAAGAGGACACCAACUGUGGUUCCUGCCAACCCCUUCAACCCUCGUGAUGACGCGGAGGUCCUCAGGAAGGCCAUGAAAGGCUUUGGGACGGACGAAAAAGCCAUCAUCAAUGUGUUGGCCAGAAGAACCAAUGCGCAGAGAUUGCAGAUCGCUGUGGAGUUCAAGACUAUGUAUGGAAAGGACCUAAUCAAAGACCUGAAGAGUGAACUGAGCGGUAACUUUGAAAAUCUAAUCGUUGCCAUGAUGACCCCUCUGCCAGAGUACUACGCGAAAGAACUUCACGAUGCAAUGAGCGGUAUUGGUACCGACGAGGAUGUCUUGAUCGAGCUUCUGUGUACCAUGUCUAACCAGGAGAUCAGAACCAUCAGACAGGCGUACGAAGCAAUGUACCACAGACCUCUAGAAAGCGACCUCAAAGGCGACACUGCAGGUACAUUCAAGCGUCUCAUGGUGUCCCUUUGCAAUGCUUGUAGAGACGAAAGUAUGGCAGUGAACCAAGAAGCUGCUAGGAAAGAUGCUCAGUCUCUUCUGAGAGCUGGAGAAUUAAAACUUGGAACGGACGAGUCGACCUUCAAUAUGAUACUGUGCCAGAGAAACUAUGCUCAGCUACAGCUUAUCUUUCAGGAGUAUCAACGCCUUAUCGGUCACGACAUUGAAGAAGCCAUCAAAAACGAAUUUUCUGGUGAUUGCGAAGAGGGUUUCCUGGCUGUUAUCAGAUCUAUCAAAAACCAACCAUUAUUCUUUGCAAGAAGACUUCACAAGAGUAUGAAAGGGAUGGGUACGAAUGAUCAACAGUUGGUCAGAAUAGUGGUCACUAGAUGCGAAGUUGAUAUGGUCCAGAUCAAACAGGAGUACCAGGCGAAAUAUGGAGAAUCUUUGGCGGAAGCCAUCAAGAGUGACUGUUCUGGCGACUACAAGAAAUGCCUACUGGCUCUUAUUGGAGAAUCAUAUUAAUGAUUUAUUAAGUUCCAGUGUAUUAUAUUUGUUUUUAUGUAUUUUCUAAUGUCCAUUUUAGUUGUACAUAGUCCAGUCAACCGUUUAAAUAUACAUCACUAUUUUAAAUACCAUUUUACAUUACGUGUUGAUAUUUUUAUUUUAUUAGUUUUCUAUUGUAUUAUUUUCUGUAGAUUAUGUAUAAGUAUUUCAUUGAGAUAUAUAAAUCGAAUGGCUAAACUCCCCAUGACAAAUUACAUUAUUUAAUUUAUAUAUUAAUCUCAUAAUUAGUCAACAUUCUAAUAUUGUCAAAUACUUUCAAAGUCUUUAUAAGGGAAUAAUACAAAUAUCAUUCCUACUUUCUUAUAAUCACUAUUUUAUGUAUAACGUUUACUCGUAGGUUUGUAUCUUAUUAUGUGUAGGUACCUUACACUUCCUUGUUUGAUCAACAAUUCCAUUUGCUAUAAUUGAACCCAUGCAGAUCUGAAUCCGACAUAAACAUCUUAACUAUCUAGUUAUAUGUAAUUUAUAAGAAACCUAUGAGUCAAACUGUAAGUUGUGCCUAUGAAUGUAUCUACUCGUAAUGCCAUAUCUUGGCCAUAAUGGUGUUUCUUUUUAAAUAAAUUGUGUUCUACACAACUAUGUGCUGUGUUUUGCAUGGGUUAGGAAAAUACAUAUGCACCUUAAAAAGCGUAAUAAUUAUGUGUGUGUGAAUUUUCAGUUUCUGCUAAGAUCGAGAAGUGAAGCGAAAAUAAUUUCUAAAAACCUUAGACGUUCCUGAUUUAAGAACCCAGUGACAAAAAUGGCCUAUCAUCAUAAAUUUAAUUAAGAUCAGAUACUUAAUCUCCAAUUCCCUGGUAACAAAAAUUGCGGGCGCACGCUUUUUUCUGCUCCAUAUUCCAAAAGGCACCAAUAAUAUUUUACUUCACAUGCCUACUGACUCGAAAAAUUAUGAAAAUGAGACACUAUGUGUUUUUGGAUGUUAUAUGAUAUGUACAUCACGAAAAACCAUGUCUUUCAUUUCCGUCGGUCUGUCUGUCAGUUUGUCUGUCUGUCCACUAAUCCUUGGCCCGUCUAUAACUUUAAAAGCACCGCUCAAAUUUGGAUGAAAUUUCAACGCAAAGUUACUACUGUACCGUGGAGGAAUACGCUUUGUUGAUUUUAAAAAUCGGUGCAGUGGCAGCGAAGAAAAAAGUCAAAAAGGAAAAAGUAAAAACCGCGCAAACUUCAUUUUUUAUAUUUUAGAGAGUCCUUAUCAUUUUCAUAAACAUUUUUGCAUGGAUUAAAAAUUUGCGAUUACGGGUUGCAGGCGAUAAGAGGGUAUAUCUCAAUUUUUCAAGGAUGAUGAAUUUAUACUCUUGCAACCCCGGUAAGGCUACGCACCUGUUAGAUAUAUUUAACUCAUCAAAUCUAUGAUGAUCUUAUAACUUCAUAACACCAACAGUCGCGUGUCGGUAGUGCACCAUGGUCCAGCCGAUGGUCGUGCGUCGCAGUCUGCCCUCGGUUCCGUACUGCUGCGCGAUGUAUGCCAAGAGAUAACUCUGAGAGAAACCGUACCUGCCUCAAAAAAUUUUGGAGAGCGGGGCUAGGAUAAUUUUACAGGGGAGGGGCAAAUCGUAAAAAGCCCCAAAAUUAUACACAAAAGCAUGCUAAAUAUGCAAAUUUUAAUUGUAUGAGCCUGUUUGACUAACUUGAUCCAUUCAAUUUUUUGUUAUAUAUGUUCGUACCUAACUUUUUUCUCAGAAGGGCUAACUGCUUGUGCCAAACAUAAUCCUUUAUCAACUGAUAACAGCGUUGCGUGGGAAGUAUAUGUGUAGAGUCAACCCACUUGACGCCAUUUUUUUUUUUUAAUUUAAAAAGGAAUUAAUUUUUAGUAGAUUUAGGCAAAAUAGGGGCCUGCAUGAAAAAGUCGAACAUAGAAUCUUGACGUUUGAGAAAACAUACUGAUGAGGCUAAUGGUGGACUUGGGCAAUUAACCAGCCUGUAUGUACGCAUAACCGCAAUCUAAUUUGGCUUCUAAGAAGUGUACCACAGACCAUUGGAGAGUGACAUCAAAGGAGAUACAAGUGGAACCUUUAAACGUCUGAUGGUCUCCCUUUGCAAUGCUUGUC